CUUUUCCGAGUCGCAUGUCUGCUGUGCCGCAAUGAGGAGCUGCUUCAAAAGGAUAUAAUACCUUUUUCCAGCAAGUGAGUUCUGUGGAAAGUUGGAAACUUUUCCUUCACUGUGAUAUCCAUCGACGGAGGAUAGUAAGUGCGUGGUGUAAUCCGCUAGCUCGCUAGGUUUCCAAUUAAGCUGUUCACGGGAUUUUGUGUCGAGGACGGUGGCAUUGACAAGGGAUUAAAAGCUGUUUGCAGGAGAAACUAAAAAUCCUUGAACAGUAGGAAAAAGAGGGACAAAAGUUUAUAGUGUGACAAAGUGUUUUUUGCAGGACUGUCUGUGAAGGAAUUUCCUUGGUGCUUUACUGCAUUGGGCCAGAUUGCGAUGCAGCAUUAAGGCACGAAUAAAAAGUCCUGUGAGAAGCUUAAAACAGUGUUCAAUGCAGAUAAAAGAAACAAUAUUGUCAACAGGAAAAACUCAGUAUAGCAAAGAAAAAAGGUAAGCUUGAAGAGACCAGUUCACCGCUGCAGGAAAAUCAAUGGUGGAGCAGACGAAAAUUUGAUAUUUUUGACUUUCAAAAUAACGCACGAAAGAUACCUUUCAAAAGGUUGAGAUAAGAGAAAAAACGAGAGAAAACGAAAAUAGUGAGCAUUAGUAUCCUUCCUAGGACGGCGAUAAUACGGAAAAGCGAAGAACUCGGAAUUGGCAACUGAAUUACAGUGACAACUGCGACCCCAGUAGCUACCGAGUGAGCCAGCCACCGUAGUGAGUGAUACAAAAAGAAAAACAAAACCGUGACUGUGUUUUCCGCUCUUCACGUCAUCUCUUGAGAUUGUGUAAGCAAAUAAAACCAGCAAAGCAAGACAAAUAUAUUCACGACUUCUGACACCGGAUCCGUGCGGUGUUGUGCUGGUUGGCGCAUGAGGGACUGCUUUACUUAGUAGUUUACGCUAACGAAUUGAUUCCAAAGCUCAGGCAAGGGAACAAAAGCGUCAUCCGUCACACACCGAGUGGAAAACGUCGUCACCGGAGAAGAAAAGUUAACCCUCUGAAAAUUUAAGUAGAUAAUAAAACCCCCAACUGGGUGAGUUACGUACUGCAGUGAGUGAACCCGCACAGACAAGUGGAACCCGUUAUUGUCUCCUGGUGGUGCUCCUCGGGAAGUGGAUGUGUAGUGGCAAUUAGCGAAUUUAACACAAAAGGAGUCGGAAAACAAAGCCAGCCCAGUUGAGUGAACCACGCAGCCAGAAGAGCGCCAGCACUUGAGAAAUUGGUGUCAUCAUCGUUAAAUGCUCUUCUCUACAGUCUUAUAGCUUUAUUUGCGAUUUCUCCAAGCCAUGGAGAUCCGAGGCCUAAUAACCCGAUUGCUAGGGCCAUGUCACAUCCGGCAUCUGAUACUGUGCAGUCUGGGCAUAUACUCCAUCCUGGUGCAGUCGGUUCACUGCCGGCAUCAUGACAUCGGUAGUUCUGCGGCGCAUCAGCUGGGCUCGAAAUACUCACAAUCAUCAUCCUCGCUAUCGUCAUCCUCGCAAUCGUCAUCAUCGUUAGCCGAAGAGCCGGUGCUGAGCAAAGAUUCAGAUGCAUUUUUUACACCAUAUAUAGGUCACGGAGAUUCUGUUCGAAUUGUAGAUGCCGAAUUAGGUACUCUAGAGCGAGAGCAUGUUCACAGCACCACUACGCGAAGGCGUGGCCUGACGCGGAGGGAAUCCAGCUCAGAUGCAAAUGACAAUGAUCCGUUACUCAUCACUACGGACAAAGGUAAGGUCCGAGGCCUAACACUCGAAGCUCCUAGCGGAAAGAAGGUGGACGCAUGGCUUGGCAUCCCGUACGCACAGCCCCCACUAGGGCCCCUGAGAUUCCGGCACCCCCGGCCGGCCGAAAAAUGGACGGGAGUGCUGAACGCCACCAAGCCGCCAAACUCGUGUGUCCAGAUUGUGGACACGGUGUUUGGCGACUUUCCGGGUGCCACCAUGUGGAACCCGAAUACCCCGCUAUCCGAAGACUGUCUAUACAUCAACGUGGUUGUGCCGCACCCGAGGCCAAAGAACUCCGCCGUUAUGUUGUGGAUAUUUGGGGGCGGAUUCUAUUCCGGUACUGCUACCCUAGACGUGUACGAUCAUCGCACACUCGCAUCGGAAGAAAACGUUAUCGUAGUUUCACUGCAGUACCGAGUCGCCAGCUUGGGAUUUUUGUUCCUUGGAACUCCGGAAGCUCCCGGAAAUGCUGGUCUGUUCGAUCAAAACUUGGCCUUGAGAUGGGUGCGCGAUAAUAUUCACAAGUUCGGUGGGGAUCCAUCCCGAGUGACCUUGUUUGGAGAAAGUGCAGGUGCUGUCUCGGUAUCACUGCACUUGCUUUCAGCCUUAUCGAGAGACCUAUUCCAGAGAGCCAUUCUCCAAAGUGGAUCGCCCACAGCUCCAUGGGCUUUAGUGUCCCGCGAAGAAGCUACGCUUAGAGCUCUUCGUUUGGCAGAAGCCGUCAACUGUCCUCACGAUGCGACAAAACUCAGCGAAACGGUGGAAUGUCUGCGCACAAGGGAUCCAAACGUGCUGGUCGACAACGAGUGGGGCACGCUGGGAAUCUGCGAGUUCCCGUUUGUUCCCGUCGUUGACGGUGCAUUCCUCGAUGAAACUCCACAACGUUCGCUGGCCAGUGGUCGGUUCAAGAAAACGGAUAUUCUUACCGGCAGCAAUACGGAGGAAGGUUACUAUUUCAUAAUUUACUACUUGACUGAACUUUUGAGGAAAGAAGAGGGUGUGACAGUCUCACGAGAAGAGUUCCUGCAAGCAGUUAGAGAACUUAAUCCUUACGUGAAUGGAGCCGCAAGACAGGCUAUCGUGUUCGAGUACACUGACUGGACCGAACCGGAGAAUCCCAACAGCAACCGGGAUGCAUUGGAUAAGAUGGUCGGAGACUAUCACUUCACGUGCAAUGUGAACGAGUUCGCACAGCGAUAUGCAGAGGAGGGUAACAAUGUGUAUAUGUAUUUGUACACCCACAGGAGCAAAGGUAAUCCCUGGCCAAGGUGGACCGGUGUAAUGCAUGGUGAUGAGAUCAACUAUGUUUUCGGUGAGCCGCUGAACUCUGCCCUGGGAUAUAUAGAAGAGGAGAAAGGCUUCAGUAGGAAAAUAAUGAGAUAUUGGUCAAACUUUGCUAAAACGGGAAAUCCCAACACAAGUCCUCCAAAUAACGAAGUACCGGAAUGGCCGAAACAUAGCGCUCAUGGCAGACAUUAUCUAGAACUUGGACUCAACACAUCUUUCGUGGGCCGCGGUCCACGGCUGCGGCAAUGUGCGUUCUGGAAGAAAUAUCUGCCGCAACUAGUAGCAGCUACCUCUAAUCUACAAGUAACUCCUGCUCCAAGCGAUCCAUGCGAAAGCAGUGCAGCACCUUAUCGACCCCUUCUAGUUUUGAUAGUUUCGCUAAUUCUUGCAACCCGUUUCAAAAUAUAAAUUUUUUAAGUUUGUUAGGCUUUUUACAUAGGUCGGUUAGGAAAAAACUGAAUGAUGGUUGCAAACUAACAUCAAUACUACUAUUAAUACCAAUACUAUUAAAUAAUAAAAAUGAAAAUGGAACAAUAAAGCUAGAUUUUAUUAAAUUUGUCCAAAACUUAUCGAUCCUAAGUGAACAUCGCACUUCACGGUGAACUAAUUGUACAAUUGUGUUUUAUUAUUUCCCUACAACGUUAUGUAAAACAGAGGUGAUAUCAUUGAUAUUUUACUACUCAUACAAUAAAACAAAGUAUUUCCUGUUAUAAAUUGUGAUGAAUAUUUCGCUUUAACUACACCAGUAAACGUUACUUAAGUUCAAAUAGCAAGAAUUUUUAUAUAAAGACAAAACUAAUUAAUACAACAGCUGCUAGAGACAACUAGACAUUAAAUCGGAUAUGGUUAUUUUGAGAUACAAUGUGAAAUAAUUCAAGGAACUAGCGAAAUCUCUCUCUAUAAACUCGAGAAAAGGAAAACAAAUGGCAAAAGUGUAAUGAUACAAUAAACCCAAGCAUCUGAUUCUAACAAUCAACUGUUUCUUUAUCAAAAUUUGAACAAAUUUACUUAUUAAGAUACACACUAACACACACUAAUGCCAUUAACAAACCACACGAGGAACACCCAAUCUUCAAGGAAAAGGAAUUGUAGCUGACCGUUACAAAACUGAAAAUAAAACUGAAAAUAGGAAAAAUAGUUAAUGUUAGAUUACCUAAUCCUGCAGCAGCUGAGCAUGUUGGGAAAUGGCACCUUCAAAGUAAUCGAAAAAGAGAAAAAACUGAAAACAUAUCAUUAUAUAAUGUAACUCCGUUGUAAGCUAUUGACAGAACGUGGAAAACAAAUGAAAUCACCCAAGUGUAGUUAAAUAUUUCUAUACAAUUUAUGGUGGCCAAUUUUAAUAUGAUUAAAAAAGAAACGACAGAGGCGCAGCACGAGAGAAGAAGCCCAAAAAACUAAAACGAGACAACAAAUGUGGAGCGAAUUAGGAAACCUGCUGUUCAUUGAAUUCCUUCUAGCUGCUGGAUCAGAAGAUUCUGCAAAUCUUCUACACAAUAUUAAGACUAAGUAUAAAAUAGAAACCACUGACUAGAAAUGAAAAAAAAAAUAGAAAAAAUAAAAAAGAAAGUACUAGAAACACACAAAUAAUUAUAUAUAGAACAAGUGAAAACCAAUGCGACUGUGUUUAGGCUGCGACGUUUGGAUGUAAAAUUUCUUUGCUAGUUGCACCCAUUCUCAUGAACCACUAGAAUCUAAAUGAGUGACAGAAAAAAAUAGAACAGAAGCGAGCCAUUAACGACGAAAAUGAAUAGAGCCUUUAGUUAUCCUAAAAUGUGAAACUCUUCCCAGGAAAACAUGAAUCUAUGUAUGAAAAAACCCAAAACAUUGUGAUGAUUUCCCUAAAAGAAAGUAAAGACAAAAAGAAUAUUUAUCAAAAUUUAGCUCAUCGAAAGUUGACUCUCACGUGCAUAAUUUACAAUAUUUACAGUUCUUUCAAUUAAUUUGAAAACCAAUUUCAAAUCAUCAUUGUCCUUAUUCGAAAUUUCAUUUGAAGUCAAAGAGCUAUAAAUCUCUUAUCUCAAACAUAUUUUUUUAAUAAAAAUAAACAACACUUUAAAAAUAAGUAAAAUAAAAGAGCCUAAGGACACGUUGCCUCAAUGGAUAGAAGUUGCAAUCCUUCUGAUCGAUCCAUAGCUGCCCGUCGCCACUCACGAGUGUACGGAAGGUUCACAAACCAUUUUCCACCAGUCGAUCCAAACUUUUUAAAGUUGUGUCAUAGUAUCAAUGUCGUCAAGGACGCUGAACGAACCUUAUGAGAAUCCUACAACUCGUGUCAAUUCGCACGUCGCGUUUACUCAGGCGGGCUUGUUAUGCGAUGUUAUGUAAUAGAGAAUAUGAUGUAAUAAUCGUUUUGUCAUAACCCUGUGCUCACUUCAAAAGGACUCGAGAGCGUCCCUAAAAUCCAAGCUACGGAUUAUCCAUUGACUUCUUGAAAAAUCGUGUCAAUGCAUCCAGAAAUCCGUAUUUGUGCAUUAUCUGCCAUAUCUGUUCUCGAUCGAUUUUGUCGUGUACGUGUGACGAACAAUUCCAACGAACAAAACUAAAAGUUAAACGAAUCGCUGGAAUGGUUCAAAGCCUAACUAAAAUUCUUGAAAAUCUGUUGCUUGAAGUUCUGCCUUUCGAUCACAUCGCACUAUACGUUGAGAAGAUUCCCGAUUGAGUCCCAGAUGGUAGCAUGUGGCAUAUGCUCAUUACAUGAACGGUCUAACCACAGAUAACAUAUAUUUGAGCAAGAACAAAUUUAAUUGAAAAUCAUGUGUGAACUUUCGAACUGAUAUACGUUGACUCACUACCGCCACCUACUCAACUGAUUGCGAAAGUACAUACAACCUUCAACAAUACAACCUUCGUGAGGCACCUAUAGACUAACGCAAAAUGAACUCCCCCAAGAAAUUAUGACGUUUGAGCGGGUCGCAUAAUGAACGCAAAAUGAAUUUUUGUUCCAGAAGACGACCCGCUCAAAUGUCAAAAUCCAUCGGGUGAGUGAAUUUCAUGAACUCCUGCACAGGUCUAUUAAACGCCAAAAGCUUCAUUAGGUUCAUUUGGUGCACUCUCCCAUGAGACUGUGCACGAGUUCAUUAUUGUUCUUUAGGCGGUGCCAUAAUGAUCAUACCAUACAUCGUGUUUAUUUUAAAUGAACUUUGCCACCUUCCAAACUUUGAAAUCUUCUUUAAGUUCGUUUGAUGCACUGCCCCAUGGGUUUAUUAGUUUGAAAUGAACUUAAGGGCACUCCUCACGGAAUCCAAAUUUCAAAGUACUCACGUUUUCAAGGACACACCACUCGAUACGAAAGUAAUGCACAACUGUCAUUUCUAUUUUUUCACGCAUGCUGCGACGCAGCAAAGCUGAAAAAAUAACAAUGACAGUUGUGCGCUGCUUCCGUAUCGAAAGGUGUGCUCUUGAAAACGCGAAUACUUUGAAAAUUAGAUUCCGUGAGGAGUGCCCUUAAGGUAUAGACCUGUGCAAGAGUUCAUCAAAUUCACUCACCCGAUGGAUUUUGACAUUUGAGCGGGUCGUCCACUCGAACAAAAGUUCAUUAUGCGACCCGCUCAAACGUCAUUAUUUCUUGGAGGAGUUCAUUUUGAGUUAGUCUAUGGAAAUUUUUUCAUUUCGGCACCGCUCAAACAUCAAAACCUUCGUCAAGUUUAUUUGGUGCACUGUCCCAUUUUGGCAGUACACCAAAUUAACUUGACGAAGGUUUUGACGUUUGAGCGGUACCAAAAUGAACACAUUUUCAUAAAUCGUGUUAAUUUCAAAUGAAUUCCGGAACCUCCAAAACUUCAAAAGCUUUGUUAAGGUGAUUAUACAACAAAGCCAGAAAUCGGCCAUCUUGAAAACCACGUGCUUUUCUCAGUGCUUUUUCAGGAGCACGAGCUGUGAGAACCGUAACGCGCAUGAUGCUUAAACAAUUUGUAGAUCAUUUACUCAAUCAUGCUGAACAAUCGACUUUCUGCAUUAUACGAAGAUUAUUAAGCCAGACUUGGGCUUUUAGAAAUAAGGCUUUUUAUGAGACGUUUAGCGGUGGCCCGAUUAUUUACUUCUAAUGUUUUUUUUUGGUAUGAUUCUGCGUGAACAUUCCGUUAGGUCCGAACACCAAAUAAUGUUUGUAAAGUUUUAAUUUUCAUUCGUGUUUUCUUCAGCAUUUCAUGCUUAGAAUGCAAUGGUAUGAAUAAUCUAACGACACGUUUUAAGAAUCAUAUGAAAAACUUUGUUCUAAAACACUGGUAGACGAAAAGUAAAACAGGCAGAAUUGAUGAUGGGACCCAUCGGAAUGUUCAGCGCGAAAUUACCAAACAAACGGGCUCCCACUAAUUGUCAAAGUAGAUAAACACGAGAAAAACAGCUGUUUCCAUCUGUCCCAUAAAAUGUAUUAUUGAAGUAUAAAAACCUGUGGUGAAUAUAAAAUUCACCACAAGAUUCAUUGUAUAAUCACCUUAAGGUGAUUAUACAAUCAACCAUGUGGUGAAUUUUAAAUUCACCAUACGGUUUUCUACACUCAGAAAUUGAACAAACCAUUGUUAGUAUAGAAUCAAAUCUUUUUAUAUAUAAACGAAACUUAUACUUAGCCUAGUUUAAGAAGUAUUCUAUGCAAGAUUACCAUUUAAUCUAUUAUAGAAUUUGGCGAAACUAUAUUCCAAAAGUAUAUUUGCGGCUCUGAAAUUUGCUGGCGGUUACGUUUUUUGUGCUAUGUGCUUUUUUAAAUAGGUGCUCAGAUCACUGUCUUUUCGACGCUACAGCAAGUACGGAAUCUUCAAGAAUAUGCAGAAUUAUUUAAGAAUAUAUGGUGGAGUAGGAAACGAAAGUUUGAUGGUAGGUUUUUGAAUUAAUUUUCCGAUGAAAAUAAUGCUUAUGUGGUUUUGAUUUUAGUACCGAUACGAUUCCGGUGGCUCUUAUGAUAAAGAAAAAUGCCAGCAUUUCAAAGAUGGAAUGCCGGCAAUCAUCCCGCUUUAGCAAAAAAGGUAUCGGCAAGAUUUGAAUUAGUUUUUCUGACGCCAGAAUAAAGGAAAUGUGUUCGGAUCGAAUAGCAGCACAAGCUGUUGUCCCACAAAAUCUGAUAAAAGCAAAUAAGAUUGUAAGCAUAUUCCAAGUAUCGUGAUCUAGAAUCAAACUUUGAUCGCUCAACAGCUCAUUUUGGGUACGGCAGCUGCACCACGUGAUCUGUAUAGUCGGAUAAUUAGGUCAAGCAAUAACAGAUCUGUUGUGCGUAAAUGACGACCGUCAGAUAGAGCCGGCAACAAAGUAUGGAUGCCUUGAUGGAUGCGCUUUCCAAUCAGUUUGAAGAAUUUGGCGAAGCGGGUAACCUACCCGCAAACAAUGUCCCACGUGCGCGGGGCAACUUUAGACAUUUACAUACUAGAGCAACCAGUCAAAGACUUCGGCAGUACUGCUCAAUGCUCAGCAUCGUUUGUUACAUUAUGCUUAAAUUAAAUGAAAUGAAUAAAAUAAAAAGUUUGACAAAAAUAUUUUCCUGCUCUCGUUUGUAAACACUGAAUAAUUCUAACAUUAUAUAAACUCAACUAAUACUAUUUUCAAUAUUUUCGCUUUAUACUAUUUCCAUAUACAUGAAAGUUAUACUAAACAAGUAUAACUGGCACUUAAACGAAGCUGGGGUCAACCAGGCGAAUAGCCGAUUAGAAUGACUUUUAAUCUAUUUAGUAUAUAUUUUUCUCAGAGUGUACUCCUAUUAUCAAAAGUUCAAAUCUAGCGUAAUAAUUUUCAUAACAUGCUGAAAUUAAAGUCGAUUGUUCAGCAUAAGUAAGCAAACGAUCUACGGAUGUUUCAUCCCCAUGGGCGUUGUGGUUCUCUUAAUUCGUACUCUCUUGAAAUAUCACUAGAAAAAGCACGUGAUUUCCAAGAUGGACGAUUUGUGGCUUUGUUGUAUAACCACCUUAAGUACAUUCGAUGAUCUGCCCCGAUUGGAAUCAAUCACGCUACUUCGGGAAUCGGGAACCAUGUGACUGUGAAAAUCAGCAAGGACAAUAAGGUUGUUCUUUCACUGCUCAAGAUAUUGGGUCGGAAUGUUUUGCAUGCUUUUAAUUCUUCCGCCAAAAACCAAAAAAAUAUAGUAGCGAGCUUCUUUCGAUGAGCAAGGACCAAUUUUCGAACAAUAUAAACUAAACCUGUGAAUGAUCUGUGAGCCGAUUGUGUGUUGAAGAAGUAGAAACAAAUCAUUAUACUAAUGUGUUAGUCGGAAGUGCAAUGCUGAUAUUUGACGCCGCUUCGAAACAAUUGGAAUUCUCGUUCAGUUUCUCCGUAGGUGUACUCAAAUUAAGCCCACUAAUUAAAACAAUUGGUUCUCGUGCCAGCUUGUAGACCAAUCGAUGUUACGCUUCAGCAAAAGACACACAAACAAACCGCAACCGAAAUGACUCAAAUGCGCCAUUUUCUGGUGAUAUCCGUUGGUGGCUAAAAGUACAAAAUUAAGAAGAAAAAACCUUCAUUAAUUAGUAUUGAUAGAAGUGGUUUUGAGUAAUUGGCAUUGUAGUGAAUCAAUAGAAGACAGAUUCUACACCAGAAAUUGCACAUUCAUGUCUCUUAGGAGCCGUGCACUCGAAGGCUAACUGGCGAUCAAGAGCCAGCUUCAGGAUUUAGUAAAACGUGAGCAUGAGUAAACAAUAUUGCCAUUCGUUCUUUUGUAGUUUUAGAACCCGCGAGUCAGAUUUAUAGCACUCACCAAUCAAUUUAUCAGACAAAAUGCAAAGAAAAAAGAAAAUCACUUUAAAAACAACGGAAUCAACGAUCGCUAAAAGUAAGAAAAUAAGAACUAAACUGUAAGUUGAGCAUAAGUCAAUAAACACCGUUUAAUAUAUAAGUAAUGGACAACAACUAAAUAAAGAAGGCUACCUUAGCUAAGUAUCAGAGAAAAAACAACAAGCGAAAAGAGUGGAAAAGGGAAAAUGUUCAUAAUACAUAUCAUUUAAUCUUAGAAUGUAUAAUCAUUUUAGGAGACAUAUUUUUAUUGAACAAAUAUUACAUAAUUAGCGGAGAUGUGAAAAUAAUGAAACACGCCAUUUAGCAUUAUGUCAAGCCGAAGAAAUGCUUCUACGUUGUAUAUCAAUGAUGAAUGCAAAUUAUUCCGCUCAUAUUCAGCAUUCGUUAUUCGCCACAAUCACUUAGGACGAAACUCUAAGCAACGUUGAAUUAUAAGUAUUAUUUUCACAUCUUUUCAUUUUUAAAAUGCUUGUUCAAAAGUAUGUAUGAAACAUCAAGAGAUUUACGCACUAGCAUUCGUGUCAUGUAAAUAGUCGUUUAUUUUGCCGUUCACUAGAGUUCCUCUAAGAUAAACUAACCUAUCUAACCCAACCUAUUAUACACAUUUCACUUCCAUAAGUUUUUCAAAUGAGCAACAUGGGUGAUUUUUUUUAGUUUGAUAUGGCGAAAAUAUGAUUGACACUGCGGAUUUCGUUGAUAUAUGAAAGGGAUUUUGUUUUCUUGGAUAAAACUAUUGAAAUAUUUAGUUUUCAAAACAUAUAUUUUAGCCCAUCUAAUACAUUGAAAGAAGUAAUAUAAUUUAUCAAGCACCACCAGCAUGGCUUCAAUCGAAUAGUUAUUUUCUAACUAUGAUAGCAUUGUAUAUGCAUUUGGCCUAAUGAAAUAAAAAACCGAAAAAAUCCCCACAAACACAAACUAGUUAUUCUUAUUGAAGCUUCUAUUAAGUAGGAAACGAUAAAAUAAAAAUCAACUAAACUUUACCUUCUAAAUCCAACACAAAACUACACAUCUAUAGCAAGAUUUAAUUCACUUCAUGAUAAUGCGGAAUGAUGACGAAUACAAGAAAUGUACGGGCUAUUUAAUGAGUAAAAAUAAACUAAACAUCAUGAACGCUAAAGAAAAUCAAUAAAGUUUUAUUAAAUUGAAACAAAUAGUUUAUUUUUGUUACCAAUUUCUUCUUAUACAAAAUGGACAAAAAAUCUCUGCUAUAUUAAUUAUUUAUUAACAAUAGAUUUAUAAUGAUUAUACAUACUAGACAGCUAACUAAACCCUACUUAUAAGUAUUAAAAGAGAACGGAAUGAAAUGGCAAAUACUAAUAGAAUUAAAUUGUAUUUAAUUAAUUGAAAGUAAUUGACACCUUGAAUAAUAAAACUAAAAUGAAUAUAUAUUAAACAUAUAAUGCUUUGUUAAAUGUAAAUGUUGUGUAUAGGAAAUAAUAAUACACAAUUUUAAAAAUACAAGAAA